AACUUAAUUAUCUAACCCCCGGGGAACCCAGUCGAGUAUAAUGAAUAAUGUCAAAGAUGACAAGCUGUCCGGAUUGCUAAAACAACAUAAUGGAUAGACGUAAAAGAGUUUGUCAUAACGGUUAAUCAAGAUUCAAGACUUCACACCUCCCUACCUCACCAAACCUUUCCCCUCUGCCUCAAUUAAGGUUCUCAUUAUGAUGGGUAAGAGAGUGUUCUCCAUUGACAGAAUGGGUCUUCAAUCUGACAGCCAACCAACUGGGCCCCCAAUCUCAUAAUUAUAUUUCACACCCAUUGAAUUUGUAGACCGGAUUUGGGUUUGUUUUUGUUUUCAGCUUCUUACUGGUUUUCGCUACGCAUCCAAAUGGUUUAUUUACAUUAUAAACAACUUUGAAGCAUGUACAAGCUUUACAAUUUACUUUCCAUUUACGUUUACGUUUUGGUCUUGACAAAGUUUUGUACCUUAUUUAGUACAUUUCUCUAAUGACCCACUUUUGAGUUUUUGGUCUCCGGCUGAUCUCCCGCUCCCAUUGCCGUUCCACCUCGAUUUCUAUCCCCCCUUCUCUGGGUCCCUGUAAAUUCGAAAAGUGAGUGUCCCAUAAGCCAGACAAGCGACAUCCAACAAAAAGUUGUUUGUCAGUUGUAGUUGAAAUCAAACUGGUUACUCAGCUGCCGUCUGGGUCGGUUCCGUCCAUCGUCCGUCGUCCAUCGACCAUUGGCCAUUGGACCAUCGUUCAUCGGUCGGUCAAGCUGGCCCAAAUGGUGUCAGCUGUGUAAACAGGGCUAAGCAAGCGGAUCGCAAGCCGUUUAGAGCUUCUCAGUUCCCCGAUUCCCCGACUUCCCUGCUGCCCCACCACCACCAAAUCCAAAUCAAUUUUCGUGCGAACCAAAUGAAAAUCCUGCCCUGAACUUGACUGCCUGCAUGUGAUACGGUUGAACGCCUUUUGCGGAAAUUAUUGCAAUUUUCCUGUCUUGUCUUCUAGCCCGAAUACACCACAUACCGUACAUUGGGGUUUUGGCGGCGACUGGCGACAACAUGGAAACCUAUUUGACGGAGAUCAAACAGUUGCGCAUACCACGCCCGAAAUUCGAGCCGAACAGUUGCCAUCAGCAGCACCACCAUGCGGUGGCUACCACCGCGACCACGCCCAUCCAGCCGCCCCCGCCCCUGCACCACCGCCAGUGGCGACACUUUGUGCGACCCUUUACGCCGCCCCGCGAUUACCAUCUACCCAUGGUGGCCGAGGGCUCCAUGCACGACAAGAUGUGAGGAGGUCUUACUGGCUAGGCAAACAUGCUGCCCCAUAUAACCCACAUAUAGGUUAUAGUGCUUAAGUCUAGUGUUAGUUAGAUUAACAUACUAUAGAUACAGUUACAGAUACAAAGAAUAAAGUACACAACAUAUUAA